AUGUGCCAACAAACAAUCUGCAUGUCCCCCCUCAAAACCUGCCCCUUCCUCUUUCGUCGCGCACCUUCUCUGAACAGCACCUUGUGCGGGCGCUUCUGGCUAGGGCCUCUCGUCAAGAUGCCGCCCGUCAAGAAGACCAAGAAGGCCCAGGAGAGCAUCAACAACAGGCUCGCCCUGGUAAUGAAGAGUGGCAAGUACACCCUUGGGUACAAGACCGUGCUCAAGUCGCUGCGGGGCGGUAAAGCCAAGCUGGUGAUCAUCUCCAACAACACUCCCCCCCUCCGAAAGUCCGAGAUCGAGUACUAUGCCAUGCUUUCAAAGACCGGCGUGCACCACUACAGCGGAAACAACGUUGACCUUGGGACGGCGUGCGGAAAGUACUUCCGGGUAGGCACGUUGAGCAUCACGGACCCUGGUGAUUCUGACAUCAUCAAGACGAUGCCUUCAGAGUAAACCCACCCAAACCAAGACUUUUGUCGACGAGGCUAGGGGACACUUCGGGCUCCAUGCAGGAAGCAUGUUUGUACAAUUACUUUGAUACCAACACCCAUAAACGCGCUCAGCGUGUUUCCUACACAGUGUCUAUCGUCGUCCUCUUGUUUACGUUUUCCAAUUGGCCCUUGGUAAGAGUUGAUGCAUGUCGACCCCUAUGGCCGGAAUGUAUCCUAGUCUGGGCCGAAUUUCACCAAAUAGGGCAACCCGUUCUGGACGGUUCUUCAUGGCUGGAUUUGAGCAUGACGGAACUUUAGUCGAACUGCCUUUCCGACAUCAAAUGUUG